GACAGAACGGACAACGUUUGUUUCAAUCAUUUCUCUGUCAGGCAACAGUGGCAAAAGGAAUUACUUUACCUGUGGAUUAUUUCCCUGCACUCAGGCUUUCAAAGGACCUCAACAUGAAGAAGCACAACACGCAAUCCAUGAUCCUGUGGAUUGUGGUCUGUGCAACAACUGUGUACUUGGAGUCAGGUGUCACCGUGGCCAUGCAGGUGACCUCGACAGGGCCCCAAACCAUUCAGAAAGCCCAGGGGGAGAAGGUGACGAUUGGAUGCACGUACACUCCGGGCUCCUCUGACACUGGAGAGCUGGACAUCGAGUGGUCCAACGUCAGUCCGGACAUGACCCAGAAAGACCAGCUGAUCUUAUCUUUCUCAGGUGGGACGAAGUAUGCCUAUGGCAGUCCAGAGCAAAUGAAGAGACUGGACUUCAUCAUGAGUGAUCCCAGCCAGGGCGAUGCAUCCAUCGGCAUCACAGACCUCCAGGUCUCAGACACCGCCACCUACCAGUGCAAAGUGAAGAAGGCCCCGGGCGUGGACAUGCGCAAAGUGACACUGGUCGUGAUGGUGAGGCCCUCUGUACCCAAGUGUUGGGUGGAGGGCAGUGAGGAGAUAGGGGGAACAGUCUCUUUGCGCUGCAAGUCCUCCCAUGGAUCCACGCCCAUGAACUACGUAUGGAAGAGAGAGAGUGGGGGUGCAAUUCCAGCAACUGCAAUACAAAACUCUCAGACAGGAGAACUUCUGAUCAGGAACCACUCUGCCAGUUUCAUGGGAAACUACGUGUGUGAGGUGAACAACGCAGUGGGCUCGGAAAUGUGCAAAUACACCCUACGAGCGGUCAAACCCACCAACAAAGUUGGAGUGAUUGUGGGUGCCGUGAUUGGUGCUCUGCUGCUUUUGCUCCUCCUCCUGCUGCUCAUCUGGCUUCUGGUUUGCCUCUGCCACAAGCGACGCUAUGAGAAGGAAGUAGCCAACGAGAUCAGAGAGGACGCCCCAGCACCCGAGAGCCGCCCGACCAGUCGAAACUCCAGCUUCCGCUCGGUCCUGGGAUAUCGCUCUCACCCGGGCGUGGCUUACAGCUCGGUGAUGAAUUCCCGGGCAUGGCCAGGGUCGGCCCGCAGCAGCACGAACACGGACAGAAGCAAAGGCACCCAGAAGCCCCCUGCCAGCGUCCAAGGACCACCGCCACUGAAAUAUGACCACAGAUAUGGCUAUCCCGUAUAGGGAGGCCGCUGUUGCAUGUCAUGCUACCCAGGAAUGGGAAAGACUCAGACCUGCCCCAGUGUUUGGGUUUGGAGAACAGUGUUGUGUCACAUAAGGACCAAGGUGUUUUACAGUCAAAGAAAGGGAGAAAAGUUAUGGGUUGAGGUUAUACACUGUCAGUAGUAGUUGCAUUCCAUUUUGUGUGUGUG